CCCCGCACGAACACACUGGCCUGCCUCAACCUGGACUCCAUGGCUUGGGAGCCCAUCCUCAUGGACACGCUGGAGGACAACAUCCCGCGGGCCCGGGCGGGGCACUGCGCCGUCUCCAUCAACACCCGCCUCUACAUCUGGAGCGGGCGCGACGGCUACCGCAAGGCCUGGAACAACCAGGUGUGCUGCAAGGACCUCUGGUACCUGGAGACCGAGAAGCCCCCGGCCCCCUCGCGGGUGCAGCUGGUUCGGGCCAACACCAACUCACUGGAGGUGAGCUGGGGCUCGGUGCCCACGGCCGACACCUACCUGCUGCAGCUGCAGAAGUACGACAUCCCAGCGGCUGCCUCGCCCGCCCCCGCCCCGGUGCCCUCCGUGCCCGCCAACCCGCCCAAGAGCCCUGCCCCGGCCGCCGCCGCGCCCGCCCCAGCCGCCAGUCAGCCCCUGGCCCAGAUGGGCAUCACCCUGCUGCCCCAGGCCGCCGCCCCCACGCCCACCACCACCAUCCAGCUGCUACCCUCCGUGUCCGGCACGCCCCUGUCCGUGGCCAGCCCCGCACGCACGCAGGGUGUCCCGGCCGUGCUGAAGGUGACAGGCCCCCAGGCGCCCCCAGGGCCCCCCCUGGUGACGGUGCGCUCGGCCGGGCAGGCGGGCAAGGCCCCGGUGACGGUGACCUCGCUGCCGGCCGGCGUGCGCAUGGUGGUGCCCACGCAGAGCACGCAGGGCACGGUGAUCGGCAGCAGCCCCCAGAUGAGCGGUAUGGCCGCCCUGGCAGCCGCCGCCGCCGCCACACAGAAAAUUCCCCCCUCCUCCGCGCCCACCAUGCUGAGCGUGCCGGCCGGCGCCACCAUCGUCAAGACCGUUGCCGUCUCCCCGGGCACGGCCACGCUGCCCAGCACCGUCAAGGUGGCCUCCUCCCCCGUCAUG